UGUGUUGUUGGGGGUAUUUAGAUGAGGAGGAGGAGGAAGAGGGAAACUCAAAUCCAUGAUGAUGUUUGUAAGAAAAAUUGAUAAUGGUGAGAGAUAAUAGGAACAUAAUAAGGCCUGUUGUCUUCAAAGUUGGCGUUGUUUUGGCUAUAUCUCUUGGUGGAAUUAUCUAUACCAUUUUCAGAACCAAAAGAAUCAAACCCUCAAAUUCCAAUUCCAAAUCCAAUUCAUCCCCACCACCAUACGCAACAGGUGGUCAAAAUUAUGAGCUCACAAAUAUUGAUGAUCAUGCCUCCCCUGCAACUCCGUCACCUUCCUCCCGGAAAUCAGAGAAACACGAGGAACUUCACAUCUCUAAACACAUUAUUGAUAAUUCCACAGGUGUUCCAUCUAGUAGUGGUAUAUUCAAUGCGGAGAGAGAGGGAUUUUUCCUGCCAGAGUUCAAUGAACUUGUAAAGGAACUUGCUUUAUCUACCUCAAAGAGAGACAUUGAAACAGUGAUGCAGCAUGAAGAUUCACCCAGAGAAUAUAGAAUUGUAGAAAUUGUUAACCAUGAGCAAGAGAUUAAGAGCCUGAAAAACAUUGUUAAAACUCUCGAAGAGAGGGAGAGGAUUCUAGAAAUACAAUUGCUCGAGUACUAUGGUCUCAAGGAGCAAGAAACUGCUAUCAUGGAACUUCAAAAUCAACUAAAAAUAAACAGUGUGGAGGCCAAGGUUUUUGGUCUCAAGAUUGAGUCACUGACCGCGGAUAAGAUGAGGUUAGAGGCUAAAGUGUCUGAUUAUGGAAAAGUUGUUUGUGAGCUCGAAGCUGCAAAAGUCAAGAUUAAGCAACUAAAAAAGAAAGUGAGAUCAGAAGCUGAUCAUAGUAAAGAACAUAUUUUAGCCCUUCAAGAAAAAGUUAUGAAGUUGCAUGAUCAGGAAAAGAAGACUGUUGAGGCUGAAUCGGAUGUCCAGUUAAAGCUCCGAAGACUCAAGGAUUUAGAGAAUCAGUCUGAUGAGUUGAAUAAAUCUAACCAAAGUUUAAGAAAAGAAAAUUCAGAUCUUGCUCAUAGAUUAGAAUCUGUUCAGAUCAUUGCUUCCUCUGUCUUGGAGAACGAAGAAACAGAAGCACUGAAGGAGGAAACUCUACAGCUGAAAAAGCAAAAUGAGGAUUUAGCAAAGGAUGUUGAGCGGCUUCAAGCAGAUCGCUGCACUGAUGCUGAGGAACUAGUCUAUCUCCGAUGGAUAAAUGCUUGCUUGCGGCAUGAGCUGAGGAACUAUCAGCCAGUCACAGGUAAGACAAUUGCAAGAGAUCUCAGCAAAACAUUGAGCCCCAAGUCAGAGGAGAAAGCCAAGCAACUAAUUCUUGAAUAUGCAAAUAAAGAAGAAAGUCAAGGGGAAAGGGAGGUUAAUGUUAGUGAUCUUGAUUCCGAAUGGUCCUCCUCCCGAACAUCCUUUCUUACAGACUCUGUUGAAUUUGAUGAAACUUCUACUGAUAACUCAUCACCCCGUAAGACUCAGUCUUCGAGCAAAAAUAAAGUGUUUAGUAAGCUUAUGAGACUCGUAAGAGGAAAAGGCUGCCCACUUAGUCGGAGUUCUUCUAUGGAUAUGGUGCACACUCUAGAAGAUAAUGUAGCAGGACAUUCUAGUUAUUCUCCAGGGUACAUCGAUUCCGGAGCUAAUGGUCUCAACAUCAGGUCAAGAACGUCCUCGCAAGGUUCAUCCAAACAAUUUCUGGACCUACAUUCUGUGUCUCAAGGUUCAAGGAGCGGCAAAUUAGGAGAAAACAACAACUAUCCGAUGAAUAGUAGGCAAAAUAGUGAUGGGGGUUCGUCGUCAGGUUCAAGAAGAUUGGAUUCACCUCAAGGAAACAGAAGUAAAGAUGAGCCUGAGAAAGCAGAAUUGCUGAAGUAUGCAAAAGUUUUAAAAGGGUCCCGUUCUAAAAUGGGAUUUGGCAGGAGAUCAUCAUCUACUAGUUCCUUCUAACAUUUGUGCAAAUAAAGUUUGCUCAAACAGUCACAGAGGCGGAAUCAUGGUUU